UAAAGUGUCCAGGUACUUAAAAUAACCAGUUGGACUGAACAAAUGUACUUCAGGAAUUAAGUAUUUUUCCUGGAAGGAGUUUCCAGAUUGUUUGAACUUCUCUGGCCGCACAAUACAGGAGGGAAGACUGAAGCAGCAUAGGGAUCUACAGCGUCUGCAGCAUGGGCUGGCUCGCUAGGAUUGUCUGUCUUUUCUGGGGAGUAUUGCUUACAGCAAGAGCAAACUAUCAAAAUGGGAAGAACAAUGUGCCAAGGCUGAAAUUAUCCUACAAAGAAAUGUUGGACUCCAACAAUGUGAUCACUUUCAAUGGCUUGGCCAACAGCUCCAGUUAUCAUACCUUCCUUUUGGAUGAGGAACGGAGUAGGCUGUAUGUUGGAGCAAAGGAUCACAUAUUUUCAUUCAACCUGGUUAAUAUCAAGGAUUUUCAAAAGAUUGUGUGGCCUGUAUCUUACACCAGACGGGAUGAAUGCAAAUGGGCUGGAAAAGAUAUCCUGAAAGAAUGUGCUAAUUUCAUCAAGGUGCUUAAGGCUUAUAAUCAGACUCACUUGUACGCCUGUGGAACAGGGGCUUUUCAUCCAAUUUGCACCUACAUUGAAAUUGGACAUCAUCCUGAGGACAACAUUUUUAAGCUGGAAGACUUACAUUUUGAAAAUGGCCGUGGGAAGAGUCCAUAUGACCCUAAACUGUUGACGGCAUCUCUUUUAAUAGAUGGAGAAUUAUACUCUGGAACGGCAGCUGAUUUUAUGGGACGAGACUUUGCUAUCUUCCGAACUCUUGGGCACCACCACCCAAUCAGGACGGAGCAGCACGAUUCCAGGUGGCUUAAUGAUCCAAGGUUCAUUAGUGCCCACCUCAUCCCAGAGAGUGACAACCCUGAAGAUGACAAAGUAUAUUUUUUCUUCCGUGAAAAUGCGAUAGAUGGAGAACACACUGGAAAAGCCACUCAUGCUAGAAUAGGUCAGAUAUGCAAGAAUGACUUCGGGGGGCACAGAAGUCUGGUGAAUAAAUGGACAACAUUUCUCAAAGCUCGUCUGAUUUGCUCAGUGCCAGGCCCAAAUGGCAUCGACACUCAUUUUGAUGAAUUGCAGGAUGUAUUCCUAAUGAAUUCUAAAGAUCCAAAAAAUCCAAUUGUAUAUGGAGUGUUUACAACUUCCAGUAACAUCUUCAAGGGGUCAGCUGUGUGUAUGUAUAGCAUGAGUGAUGUGAGAAGGGUGUUCCUUGGUCCGUAUGCUCACAGGGAUGGUCCCAACUAUCAGUGGGUACCUUAUCAAGGAAGAGUCCCCUACCCACGACCAGGAACUUGUCCCAGUAAAACAUUUGGUGGAUUUGACUCUACAAAAGACCUUCCUGAUGAAGUUAUAACAUUUGCAAGAAGUCAUCCAGCCAUGUACAAUCCAGUGUUUCCUAUUAAUAAUCGUCCAAUAAUGAUCAAAACAGAUGUAAAUUAUCAGUUUACACAAAUUGUAGUAGAUCGAGUGGAUGCAGAAGAUGGCCAGUAUGAUGUCAUGUUUAUUGGAACAGAUGUUGGGACCGUUCUUAAAGUAGUUUCAAUUCCUAAGGAGACCUGGCAUGAUUUAGAAGAAGUUCUGCUGGAAGAAAUGACAGUUUUUCGGGAACCAACCACUAUUUCAGCAAUGGAGCUUUCCACUAAGCAGCAACAACUAUACGUCGGCUCCACGGCAGGGGUAGCCCAGCUCCCUCUCCACCGCUGUGACAUUUACGGGAAGGCCUGUGCGGAGUGCUGCCUCGCCCGAGACCCUUACUGUGCCUGGGACGGCUCUUCAUGCUCUCGCUAUUUUCCUACUGCAAAGAGACGCACAAGACGACAAGAUAUAAGAAAUGGAGACCCACUUACUCAUUGUUCAGACUUACAACACCAUGAUAAUCACCAUGGCCACAGCCUAGAAGAAAGAAUCAUCUAUGGAGUGGAAAAUAGUAGCACGUUCCUGGAAUGCAGUCCAAAAUCACAGCGAGCUCUGGUCUAUUGGCAAUUCCAGAGGCGAAAUGAAGAGCGAAAAGAAGAGAUCAGAGUGGAUGAUCAUAUCAUCAGAACAGAACAAGGCCUUCUGCUGCGUAGUCUACAGCGAAAGGAUUCAGGCAAUUACCUCUGUCAUGCCGUGGAACACGGAUUCAUACAAACUCUUCUUAAAGUGACCCUGGAAGUCAUUGAUACAGAACAUUUGGAAGAACUUCUUCAUAAAGAUGAUGAUGGUGAUGGCUCUAAGACCAAAGAAAUGUCCAACAACAUGACACCCAGCCAGAAGGUCUGGUACAGAGACUUCAUGCAGCUCAUCAACCACCCCAAUCUGAACACAAUGGAUGAGUUCUGUGAACAAGUGUGGAAAAGGGACCGAAAACAACGUCGGCAACGGCCAGGACACACCCAAGGGAACAGUAAUAAAUGGAAGCACUUACAGGAAAAUAAGAAGGGUAGAAACAGGAGGACCCACGAAUUUGAGAGGGCACCCAGGAGUGUCUGAGCUGCAUUACCUCUAGAAACCUCAAACAAGUAGAAACUUGCCUAGACAAUAACUGGAAAAAAUGCAAUAUACAUGAACUUUUUUCAUGGCAUUACGUGGAUGUUUACAACGGUGGGAAAUGCAACUGAGUUCCACCAAUUAUAAAUGAAGUCCAUGAGUAACUUUCCUAACAGGCUUUCCUCCUAAUACCAACACCUAAUAGAGGUCAGGUGAACACAGAUGUUCACUUUAGCAGACUUAAUGUUUCCUACGAGAUUUUAUUGUACAGGUUUCGCUUUCUUCUUUGCCUGAGAAAUAAAAAUGUCAUUUGCCAUAUUGCCAUCUAAAGAAGAAAAACUGCAUUAGCAAAGCCAUUUUAUUGAACUGAAAGUGUAAAAUAAACUGCAUGGAUUUACUAAGCUGAUGAAUAUUCCAAAAUGUGGUUGGAUUCAAGGAUAUUUUUUGUCUACCAGCACUCAUGUUUAUACGUACUGGAGGAGUAAAAUGAUACGGAAUGAAACGGUCUGUGGAAAUAUAAAAGACAGAAACCAUUCAUCAUCCAGAAGAGAAAUGGAAUACACUGAUCUACUACUGAUGUCUUCUUUCAGCUUUGAUCUAAAGAUGUAUUUUAUUAUAACUAUAAUUUAAAUGUACCAUGACAAAUAUACAGUAAAAAUUAGCUCUUUUCUAAGCUAGAGUAGGUCUUUGUCUUACAAUUAUUGUGCUAUAUAGUUUUUGUUUUAAAAACUCCAAUUGUGUGCUGCUUUUUUUGACAUUUUGUCUUCAGUUCUGCAAGAAGGAUAGCCAAUAUUGUUCUAGAAACAUAUAUACAUUAUUAACAGUUAACUCCUAAAACCUGGAUAUAAAUUAUGCUUUAUUUCCUCUGAGGAAUUCAAACAAAUAACACCUCCCCUUCUUUAAGUAUUAUCUAAAUUAAUUUUAACCUGCAUAAUGUUCUCAGAAAAACAGAGCAUUUAACCAGCAAAAAAAGGGAAGAAACAAAUUGAUUUGUUAAAUGCAUUUUGUUGUACCUAGUGGAUCAAGGAAGAAAAAAGGAACUGUAUAUUUCAUGGAAAUAAUAAGCAUUGUCUUAAUAUAAUGUUAAUAGAAAAUGUCUCUUACUUCUGUGCUUGAAUCUCUGCAUGAUAUGUGAGACAUAAAAACGCUCUCAUGAUUCCAUUAGGAAUCUGUGCCACUUAAUUUUUUUGAAAAGAGAGAGAUCAGUAAUAUUCAGAACAACAGCUUAAAAGCAAAUUUCCCAACUGUUUACAUAUGUAUCAACUGCCUCUUAUUUCACCGUGUCUAAGACAAUUAUCUGUCUAAAGAACACAUGAUUCUUUUCACAUCGAUGGGAGUGACUCUUAUACAAACUGUUUUCCAGGACACAACUCACACUUAAAACAUAUAAAACUC